AUGAAGCUUCUAUUCCCAGAGGAGCUUAUUGAUGAGAAUCUAGAAGGAUUCAAGGAGAGAGUGACAAGAACUCUAAAGCUUUUUCCUAAGGCAGUAGUGCCAAGGGACAUUCAUGGAGAGAUUGUCUAUCCAGCUGUGAAUCACCCACCAGAUACUCAUUGCAAGGAGAAAAGACUUGGAGGAUCAAGAUGCCUCUUGUCUCUAUCUUCUCCUGAGCGCCAAGCCUUACAGAUAGAAGGAGAAAAAGGUGUGAAAACACAAUCCGCGCCAAAACAUUGGCCGCGGACGCGCAAAGGUGAUUUUGGCCGAGCAAUUCCAUUCUGGCCGACCGUUACGGUCGAGCCGGGAAGGAACAAGCCGUGCUCGGCCGGAUUCACUCUAUUGCGGGAAAGUUCGCGACGGCCGAACCGUUACGCGAUCGGGAAAGAUUUACGCGACGGACCGACCGUGCCGGUCGAUCCGGGAAACAUACGCUCGGCCUCGGCCGAAAUUCUCUCGGCCAAACGAAUUUGGCCGACCAAAUCGCUCGACCGCGACAAAAUCCAUCGGCCAUCGGCCCAAAACUUUUCUAGGCCAAGGUAA